AAGUCGACAAAACAUGUAGUUCCGACAUUCCAUAGUGAGUGUCGGACCGAUACUGAAACCGACAUCGACCGGCGAAUCCAACCAAACCGGCAACACUGCUCGGUUUGACAGAUGGAGCAAGGUAGCAUCUCAAAACAAAAGUUGAAAUGUUUUUGGUAAACGCGAAGCUCGUCCUAGAUGAGUGAUAAUUACAAAGUUUGCAACGAUGGACCCGUGCUGCUUGGUGUGCCGAGCGUCGGAAGUGGACGAGCUGAUAUCGGUGGCCUGCGUGACGAGCACCGCACGCAAAACGAUCCGGGAAAUGAUCGACAUCUUUGUGAACGUUCGGGCCAAUCAGCUGCUACUCGAGCACGACAAUGUCGUUGACCGGGAGUCCUGCCGACUGCCGGAGCUGGUAUGCGACCAGUGUCUGGUUCGUUUGGAGCGGGCUUUCCGGGUGUGGAAGCAGUCCCGGUCGGUUAGAUUGAUCCGGAAGUGUGACAAGGGGGCGGAGGAGCACUAUCGGGCGUGCAGGGUUUGCGCCAAAGGGGACGCGCUGGUGUCGAUGUUCGACUUUUGCGAGGGUCGGCGAGUUCAGAUCGCGACGAUGGUCGAGUACGUGGUGAAUCUGAGGGUUGCGAAGGGGGAUCGUUUGCCGCCGUACAUUUGUGAGGAAUGUUUGAAGGAUUUGGACCAGGGUUACGGGUUCAAGAAGGAUGCGUUGGAGUCGAUAAAGUACUUUCGCGAUCAAUGGUUGCAUCCUUGGCAGAAGAUGCAGUUCAGGGUGGAUUGUCCGAGGAGGCUGGUGGUGGAGGUAUCUAGCGAGGGUGUGCUGAGCAUGGUGGAUGGGACGACGGUCGUCACGUGUUCCGUUUGUUCGGCGAGGGUUCGUUCUGGACAGCUGAAGCGGGCUUGUAGCGGAUGUCGACUCAAGUUUCGAAACUACGAUGAACUUGCACAAAAGGUCGAAGAGCAGCGAAGGGUUGACGAAGUCGACUUGAUGGAUCUUUUCGACGGUAUCGCUGAUUACGACGAGGUUGUGGACAACGAUAUCGGGAAUUUGAUGAACGACGAAAUGCUCGUGGAAGUUGAAAAGCUACCGGAGAAAAUUGAGGCCCCUUCCGUUCCGAAGAAAGUCCGAAGUCCGAAGAAGCCCAGAAAACUGAAACUUAUUUCGAUCGUGACCAAAAAAAAAGCUAAGGAUAAGAAGGCACCGAUUAAGAGACCCGCCGCCAUCAUUUCGAUCGAAACUAUUAUCGAGUACAAGUGCUGCUUUGCGGGUUGCUCUCAGUACGGUGUUGUUAAGGAUCUGCAGACACACUUCCAAGAAGCUCAUUACUCUAUUCCGCUUGAGCCUAUGCCGAGUCCGUUCAGCUGUCCCAUUUGUAGCGCCACCUUCCUGGAUGCAGACAGUCUGAAGGGCCACUACGGCGAGCCCUGUCCGCUGUACAAGUGUUCCCAUCCGGUCUGUCCGUUUGCUACGAGAUCGCAUGAGUGCGCGUUGCGGCACAUUGAACACAUUAACGAAGAGAAGCAGCACGGAUAUCCGGCGCCGAUCGACAUUAAACACUUGGGCAAGUACUUCGUCGUCGAUAAGCCGCUGGAUGAUAACGGGUUUACGCUGAAACGGCUGCACGAGCGGUGCUGCUGGUGCGGGGAGCUGUUUAUGGAUAUUUACGAGCUGAAAGCCCAUCGGGAGUUGAUGCACGACGUGGUUAAGGCCCCGUUUCAGUGCGAAACGUGCAACAGGCCGUUCGAAGCGCGGCUGCCGUUGUCGCGGCACCGCCAACGGAGUUCACUCCGGACCCACUACUACUGCCGGCCAUGCGAACGGACGUUCUGGGAGGUGGCCCCGUACAAGGUGCACAAGUACAGCGAGCACGUAACCGGUCCCGAAGCGGCCAACGAGGCAGAUCAGGAUCAGUACGAGGCGGCGAUUUGCUGCUGCGGUUGCGAGGAGACGUUCGAGUCUGCCGAACAACUUGAAGACCAUCGCCGAGUGAUGCACCCACCGGAUGAGCUCCGGGUUGGCCAACAGUUCCCUUGUCAGUCCUGUGGGAAGGCUUUCCCCUUGAACCAAAAGUUGCAGGUUCACUUGAGAAAGUACCAGAGCGGUCACCUCUACCGCUGUCUCGUGUUGGGUUGCGUGUUUAAGACCACAGUCAUGGCGAACAUCAAGAUCCACGUUGCGGGCGUAGCCCAUAAGAACGCCCAGGGCAAAACCUUGACCAUCCGGCGAGUGAACCCAUCGAUCUUUUACUGCUGUGUUUCGCGUUGCGCAUUCGAGCAUUCUUCGUACGACGAGAUCGUCAAACAUGUGGCCAGCGCCCACGAAGUACAGCGCCAACGGAACGAGGCACAUUAUUGCGACGAAGAGUCCUUCAAAUGUGAAGCCUGCUUCAAAAAAUGUCCCACCGAACUGUCCUUCUUGAACCACAAAAAUGGCAGAAAAGCGCUCUCCUGCAAAUACUGCAAAAAUCUUCACCUGCGCGCUGAACUCGCAGCCCACGAAGCAAUCUGUCCAAAGCGGGCCGAGUUUGUCUGCGAAGUGUGCUCCAAACGCAUAAUAGGAAAAUUUCGGUUCAAACAACACAUGCAGACGGAUCACGCCAUAGAAAUAGUCCAACCCCCAAACGACAAACCCAAGCCCGUUGCCCCAACGCCCAAAGUGAUCUGCACCAUUUGCGGUCUGCUGGUCAAGAAGCACAUCCUGGUCCACCACAUGCAGUCAAAGCACGAGCAAAAACGCGCCUUCAAGUGUGAGCAGUGCGGCAGCCGGUUCAACGUGCUCCAGCUGUUGAAGACCCACCUCAAAAACGUACACUCCGCCGAGAAGCUGUACCCGUGCCGGCAGGACGGCUGCGAAAAGCGCUACAAACACGCCGGAGAUCGCCAAAGGCACGAACAGAUGGUGCACCUCGGGAUCACGCCGUUUAAGUGCGACGUUUGCUCGGAGUCGUUUGUGCGCGAUCGGGAUUUGAGGUUGCACGCGAGGAAGCACACCGGCCGGAAGUUGUACGGGUGUGACCAGUGUGGGGCCGAUUACGAUCGGUUGACGGAAUUUAGGGAGCAUCAGCGGGUUUGUGGAAGUGCGGGAAGGAUUGUUGGUAAAAUAGGGAAGGACGAGUAGUAGGGGAAGUUUGUUGUAAUAUGAAAUAAAAUACAUCUAAUAAGUUGCAAAA